AUGGUUUGUGAUAAUUGUAAGAAAAAAAUAGGUACUGUUGCAACACAAGAAAUAUGGAAAAGUGGUUCUCGUAAUACAGUUGAAAGUGGUGGAAGAAAAUUAAAUGAAAAUAAAUUAUUAUCAGGAAAAUCUACUCGAUACAGUCCAUAUACAACAAAAUUUAGUAAAUGUAAAGUUUGUAAAGGUACAAUUCAUCAACCAGGAAGUACUUAUUGUCAAGGUUGUGCUUAUAAAUUGGGUAUCUGCGCAAUGUGUGGUGUUAAGAUUUUACAAACAAAAAAUUAUCGUCAAUCAUCUGUUUAA